AUGUCAUCAUCGUCCUCGUCUUCGGCACAAAUCGCAAAGGAUGUUCCGCCAGACUACGAAACCAUCGGCACAAUAUUCGGCUAUGCACUUGUGGCGUUAUCCUGGCUCCUAAUUAUUCUCACGUUCCCAUUUUCUAUGUGCGUAUGUCUCAAGGUUAUAAAAGAAUAUGAAAGAGUUGUUAUAUUUCGAAUUGGUCGACUAGUGUUUGGUGGUGCUCGAGGACCUGGAAUGAUCUUCAUUAUACCUUGCAUCGAUACUUAUAGAAAAAUCGAUCUUCGAGUGGUUUCCUAUGCUGUACCACCACAGGAAAUCCUAUCAAAAGACUCCGUGACAGUGUCCGUGGAUGCUGUCGUUUAUUUCCGGACGUCCGAUCCCAUCGCUUCUGUAAACAACGUGGAUGACGCUAUUUAUUCGACUAAACUCUUGGCCCAAACAACCCUCAGGAAUGCCCUGGGUAUGAAAACAUUGACUGAAAUGUUGACUGAACGAGAGGCCAUCGCACAGCUGUGCGAGACAAUUCUGGACGAAGGCACGGAACAUUGGGGUGUGAAGGUAGAACGAGUGGAAGUGAAGGAUAUCAGGUUACCUCAACAGCUUACUCGUGCUAUGGCUGCAGAAGCAGAGGCCGCUCGAGAAGCUCGAGCGAAAGUUGUAGCAGCAGAAGGAGAACAGAAAGCUUCUCGAGCUUUGAAAGAAGCAGCAGAUGUCAUUCAAGCGAACCCAGUCGCCUUACAACUUCGGCAUUUGCAAGCGCUCAACAGCAUCGCAGCUGAGCACAAUUCAACAAUCGUUUUCCCGGUGCCGGUGGAAAUGUUCGGUGCUUUCAUGAAGAAGGACAAUUGA